AAGCGCUCCAAGUUAGAACGAUAGUGAACGCGACGAAGGGAGCCAGAGUCUGGAGGAGAGGCCGAAAAAAGAUGAUGGGAGCUAAAAUUGUUCCACACAAGUGACACAAUUCUAACUGGAGGCACGCAAAAAGGAAGCCCGGUGUUUGUAUCUGAGGAUUUUACCCCCCCCCCCCCCACACACACACACACCAAAGAAGAUGUCGGCGUCGGCGUUAUUUAUACUGGACCUGAAAGGGAAGGUCCUGAUCUGCCGUAACUACAUGGGAAACAUGGAUAUGAAUGAGAUUGACCACUUCAUGCCAUUCCUAAUUAAGCGGGAAGAAGAGGCAGAGAUGACUCCACUGAUCACCCAUGGCUCCUCACACUUUCUGUGGAUCAAGCACAACAACCUUUAUUUGGUGGCCAUGACCAAAAAGAAUGCCAAUGCAGCUCUGGUGUACUCCUUCCUUUAUAGAGUUGUCCAGGUGUUUCAGGAGUAUUUUAAGGAGUUAGAGGAGGAGAGUAUUCGCGACAACUUUGUGACCGUGUAUGAACUGAUGGACGAAGUCAUGGAUUUUGGAUUUCCACAAACAACUGAUAGCAAGAUUCUUCAAGAGUACAUUACUCAGCAGGGUCACAAACUUGAGGUCGGAUCUGUUCGACCUCCUGCCACUGUCACCAAUGCUGUGUCUUGGAGGUCAGAAGGCAUCAAGUACAGGAAGAAUGAAGUUUUUAUGGAUGUCAUUGAGUCAGUAAAUCUAUUGGUGAAUGCCACUGGCAGUGUCCUGCGAAGUGAAAUAGUAGGCUGCAUUAAGCUUAAAGUGAUCCUUUCAGGGAUGCCCGAACUCAGGCUGGGACUCAAUGACAAAGUGCUGUUUGAAAUCACAGGCAGAGACAAGAGUAAAACCGUGGAGCUAGAGGACGUAAAGUUUCACCAGUGUGUUCGUCUGUCACGCUUCCAGAAUGACCGCACAAUUUCUUUCAUCCCCCCUGAUGGUGAGAGCGAACUCAUGUCCUACCGGCUCAACACAAUGGUGAAGCCACUCAUAUGGAUCGAAAGCGUGAUAGAGAAGUUUUCCCACAGCCGUGUCGAGAUCAAGGUCAAGGCUCGUACUCAGUUUAAGACCCGAUCAACUGCCAACAAUGUGUCCAUUUUGGUGCCAGUACCCAGUGAUGCCGACUCGCCAAAGUUCAAGACCAGCACAGGGAGUGCCAAGUGGGUGCCUGAGAAGAAUGUGGUGCAAUGGAACAUCAAAUCUUUUCCAGGUGGCAAGGAGUAUCUGAUGCGGGCACACUUUGGGCUACCUAGUGUGGAGAGUGAUGAGUUGGAUGCAAAAAGACCAAUCACUGUUAACUUUGAGAUUCCUUAUUUUACUGUAUCGGGAAUUCAGGUGCGCUACCUAAAGAUUAUAGAAAAGAGUGGUUACCAAGCCUUGCCAUGGGUGCGCUACAUCACACAAAGUGGAGAAGCUGGAUCUCCAUCUCUACCUGGCUCACUACCAAUUGCGGUUAGAUGACGAAAGACUUUGGAUGUUCUGCGGCUCUGUGCUUCACGUAGACUAGGCUUUGUGGACGAUUGCCCGACGCUGUUAUUCCGUUGAACGGUCACCACCUCCAUCGUGCUGAUGUGUUGCUGAGCUAAGCUAACAAGCUUAAUCGAUACUCUUUUCAGAAGGCCAACAUUACAGUUAAGAUCCUUUUUUGUUAGUCACUUGAAAGAUUUGAGAAUUUUGUGAAAUACUGGAUUUGUUUAUUCUUUUGUCUUUCAGCCAUUGUCAUCAAAUUUUAAACAAAUAAUAAACAUUUUGCUUUGCUUGUGGUGAAAUAAUAUACAGGUUUUACUUUUUGAAAAAAAAAAUGGAAUAAAUGGAGUUGGCCUCGAUAUUAAAAAAAUAAUAUUCCAUCUCCUUUCGUUUUCCGUGUUAGCAUACAGGUAAGUGCUUCUCCUUUGUGAUUUCUGUCACAUAGAGCAAAAGAUCAAGGGCACAAUACUGUACCUUUGUUACGCAGUCCUGAGUCCCAUGAUGUGUGUGUGUCAGGUAGCCUAAUAGUCAGUUUGGGCUUGAUGUGCUGUUGGUCGCAUCUUCAAUAAAAGCAGUUAGAAACAUGUCGUCCACCUUGCCUAUGUAUGAGUAACGGAGUUCAGGGAUCGAAAAUGGCCGCCGUUCGAGGCAGCCCAAACUGUGACGUCACGUGAAAACAACCCAUAACAGUGCGGUGGAGUUCAGUAAUGCUCAUGCUAACCCCAUAUCAUGGCGAAACGAGCAGGUAGUGAAUGUAAUGCGUCGGCUCCUCAAACCAAAGUAAAAAAAACAACUGUGCUUCUGGAUGGAAGAUGGACGAUGGAAUGGUUGUAAAAGUAUGUGCAAAUAGUGAGAAAAAGUGCUCUGCCUAACAUGCAGCGAUGGUAAAGUUGUCAAUGGAAGCUGGACUACCUCAAGAAACACAUUCAGCAGAAAAAUCAUUUGAAUGCUAUUGGAAUUAUACAAAGACUCAAAAUUGGGAAAAAGGAUUUUUACAUUAUUGUGAGAGAACGCAAACAACCAGGAGAAAAAGAACUAGCUGUCAGACACACACACACACACACACACACACACACACAAAUCUGACCCAGAGCAAGUUAAAGUUCUCAUUGGCAAUAGUUUAUGUUGCAUUAAAAUUAAUGCAUCAAUGCUGUCAGUUCAACGCUUCCGGCCAUGCGACCCUUCGAACGCCUGAUCUCGGAAGCUUGCCCUGGUUAGUACUUGGAUGGGAGACCGCCUGGGAAUUCCAGGUGCUCUAAACUUCUCUCCAUGGCUAUAAUGCAGAGGGUUUGCGUCAGGAAGGGCAUCCGGUGUAAAACUGUGCCAAACAAAUAUGUGUUCAUUUAAGAUGACAUGCUCUGGCGACCCCUAACGGGACAAGCUGAAACGAAAAAAAGAAGAAUCCUGUCAGUUCAACAAAUCCGCAAUCACAAAGUAUGUGAGUAUACCAGAAGGCUGGCGUAGCAAAAACUAUCCCUUUGAAUUUGUGAAUUCAGUCAAUGAGAUAGUGCAGAAUGAGAUUUUGUGUAAGUUUAAAAAUGCACCCUGGCAUACCCUAAUAGUAGAUGGGAGCACAGACAAAACAGGACACAAAAUGCUAGUCAUAUAUAUCAAAUUCAGGAAAGAAAAUGAUGUCAGCUAUAAAACUGUGUAAGUUGGCCAGAUGAGUUACAUUAAAAGUAAACUAAUGGAAAUUGCUGUUGUAAUUUGAUUAUUUUACAGCUGGUGAGGGUGAAGACGGGAAAUGGACCGUUUCAUAAUGCUUGUUAACCAACAGGCAGGCACCACGAUACUUCCAGGUGGCAAAAAAGUGACUACCUGCUGGUGAUGUGAACUGAAACCAUAACAGAAAGGCAUCCCCAUUACACACCCCAGUACAUAAAAAAAUAUAAUAAUAAUAAAAAUAUUUUAAUAAAUUAUUAAACCUUCUACGAUGAUGUGUCAUACUGGUGUGUGGCCACAGUGAGCACAUCUGAUGUUGCUCAGAGUGGUCCUCAGUGUAAUCAGGGAUCUUGUCUGUAUGCCCAGACAGAUGAAAAAUUACAAAGAACAUUGUUUAUGACCUGACUAUGUCAAAUACAAAUCUAAAGCUGAAGAGACGGAAGUGCCAAUAGGCUCCCUUGGUAGUUCUCAAAAGAAAGAUAACGUUGGCAGGAAUGGAGGCAAAAAUUGUAAUUCUCAUAUCCAACUUCUUACUUUAACUUUUAUGACAUCAGCCUAUGAAGUGUCUCACGUUAAAUGUAAAAGUUCAUGCAAGAUCCAUGAGUGUGUUUUUCAUUUCCUCUUCUCACAUUCCUGUCCUCAUAACAGCACUUUUCGAGGCCUGUCCUUUUGCCCUCUGCCGUCUCCUAGACUGCACAUGAUAGCAGCUCAAACCUCGGCUUUAGUGGCAUAGUUUCCCCAAAUCUUUUCUUUGAGUUCCAAAUUAGCCAACAACAGCUUCUUCACCUUUACAGAUUAGAUUUUUUCUUCAUCAAACAUUUACAUCAAUGAGAUGUGAAAAUGAGCAAUAGGAUCAAUGUUAUUAUUUUUCAUAUUUGCCUUUUUAUAUGGAUACUUUCAGAUACUGUAUUUGACUUUCUGGUAAGAUGUCAAAUUAAACAAGGUAUAUGUACAACUGUGAGAGAUGGUGUCCAUGAAAGACCACUGUAACCACAAUAAUUUAUUUUAUUUAUUAGCAAGUUUGGUUGAGUUCAAGUUGACAGAGUUGGAGGCACCGUGGGAACUAACUAAAAUCUAAAAGUUUAAUGCACAUAACAUACUGUAUAUAUAAUUGCACAAGUUACAGUACACACAUUUUGGCACAUUAGUCUUACAUUUCAUACCUAUUCAGUGUUCCAAAUAAACAUCGUCACAAAUGUCUUUGCUUUCACCCUUGCCUUAGGAGAGUAAUUAUUGAGUACUUGAUUUAUUGAGCCAACACUACAGCCAGGAUGAUUGUAAAUCUUGUUUAAGGAUUUGAUGUUGCCAUUGAUGGGAUGUGCAGGAGUGAUGACAGGGACAAAAGCGAUGUGUUAAUGCUGUGCUGUUACAUCUCUUGGCAGAUUACCAGCUCCGGACAAACUAAAGGGCGAAGAUGCUGUGAGAUGAAUGGCUCACUGUGGCUUCUUCCCCUGUCCUUAUGUCUCUCUGCGUUGGACAGAAGGAAAAUCUUCCCUCAUUUUGUGCAAAAAUACGUUCUUCUUUUACACCAAAGGUCAACUUCCAAUAUUUUUAUAUUAAGGCUUCCCCUUUUAUGUAAUUUGUGGAGGUUUAUUCUCAGCAACAUUGCGGGAUUAAAAAAGUAAGAGCAAUGAAUGAAUGCCAGCCGGUGGAUAACCACAUUGCCAAGUGUUCGUAUAAUUUAUUUCAUCAUCAUGGAAACAUUUAGCAUUUUAUAAUCUGGUUUGUCUUUGUUAUUAAACUUUUCUGUACAUAAAUCUCUAGCAGAAUGGUUAUGAAAGCCUGUGUCAUAUGUUUAUUGCCUUAAAUGCAUUGUUGAUGUAUCAUCACUCCUUCUACUGUGAACAUAAUCCUCAGUCAAGUGAACCGAACACCAGCCGGCAGGUCAAUGAUUUAUAAGUGACAAUAUUGUCUGAGACUUUGGCAGUAUAAUAUUACACCACUGACAAACCCACAUGCUGAGCCUGUAACCUUGUCCUUGUGCUCUAAAUCCACUUGCAGCAGCUUUGACGAGUCAUUGCCACUUGAGUUGGAUGCAAGAAAUGCUGUCAUCUUUACAUGUUUUUUUACUAUCACACCGAGAGAAGUUAAAAUAGUCUAAAGGGAGUGCAUGAAAAUAUGAAACUAAUUGUUUUGCUCUGCACACACACCUGUGCAGAUGCAUAUUGUUCUCCCAAAGAAUUUGGAGUUCACCACUGUUCAGUUACUAAUGAACACAUGAACCAUUCACAGCAUUUUAUUACAGAAUAAAAAUCCGAUGAUGCUAUUUGACAGACAGCCUAAAUCAAGUUUGAGUUUUGCUUCCAAAAUUAUUUAUAUUAUUGGUUGUCAUUAAUUUAUAAUGACUGGUGUACGAAGCGAUGCAGAUUGUAUGGAAUAUUUACCACAUUUCAAUACAGGUGAGUAUCACAACCUUCAGGCAUUUACCCAUUCUCUGAAACAUAAGGCCAACAGUUUCACAAAAAUUUUUUUAUAGAAAUACCUUUGUUUUGGUUAAAUGUCACUAAAUGUUAAGUGAUACUUACAGUAUCUGUUCUCUAUAUCUGAUGAAUAACUAGCAUUUGUCAAUGGCAAACCCUUGUUGUAAUGUAUAUCACAAUAAUCUAUAAUGACACUCCCAAAAGUGUGAAGAAUACUAUGCAACAUCGGAAACAUAGUGUCUUUCUUGAAUAAAAACCAUAAUUGUCUUUUUAAAAAAAAAGGAAAAAAAAGACCUAAUGUCUUAAACUUGAUUUGAUGAAUCCCACAUUAGGCCUGUCACAAUAAAGGACCCCAAAGUCAUGUAAAAUUGAGGAAUUUGUCGUUAAUUAAUUUACAACUACAUUUUAAACUAUUCAUCAGUGAGCAUAAUUUACAAGUGGUACAAAAUUUUAUAAAAUGUUUUAGGCAAUAUGUGUCCCAUGAACUGAGGACAUUUUAAAAAAAUUAUGUCAGGAUGUAAACAGAUAACUCACACAUCCAACAUUUGCAAUGGAAUCUUGCACAACUUGAAUUUUUUUUUAAUUCAUCAUUCAAUAUGCGUUUAAUUAUUUUGUUAAAUAAAUGAAGCUAUUCAGCCAUCCAUUUUCUGUACUGCAUAUCCUGUUUCAGUGCCAUAUCUUAGCUAACUUUGAGCAAAAGGUGGACUAACCCUGGACUGGUUGCCAGUCUUUAGGAGGGCAGG